AUGCAGUCACAAGUGAUUCACGGAUUGUCUUCAGCGCCGAUUCGUUUCAAAUGCCAUCAUUUGAGACAAAUCUGCAGACAUUUGAGCGAAAAUGCGAGACAACAACUCAAGAGUGAAAGUGGUGUCACUUUAAGCCACAAACCAGUGAUGGGUCGCGAGAUUAUGGCCGCUCUUCGGCCCAAAGACGGCCAGACUUUCAUAGAUAUGACUUUCGGUUCGGGCGGACACACGAAGCACUUGUUGGCCACCAAUAAGAAGAUCUGUGUCUAUGCUCUGGACAGGGAUCCGAUCGCUCACGAAAGGGCUGUCCAUUUGUCGCGAAGUAAACUGAUCGCAGCGAAUGGACAGCGAGUGAUACCACUGUUGGGCCGAUUCAGUGAAUUGCCGGCCCUUAUGGCGGCCGAAGGGGUGGCCAUGGAUUCAGUGGACGGCGUGAUCAUGGAUUUGGGCGCCUCUUCCAUGCAAUUCGAUGACUCGCGAAGAGGUUUCUCUCUGAGCAGUGAUGGACCCCUUGACAUGCGAAUGGAUGGCCAGAGGUUUGAGUCGAUGCCGACGGCCGCGGAUGUGGUCAACACCUUAAGUGCCGAACAUUUGGCCAAAAUCUUUAAGAUUUACGGCGAAGAGAGGUAUGCGCUGAAGAUCGCGCAGACAAUAGUCGACUCGCGAUUCCUUAUGAAGAGGUUGUCGUCGACCACAGAAUUGGCUCAUUUGGUGGCGAAUGUGAGCGCAAACCACCAGUCCUUCGACCGGUUGGGUCGACCCCAACACUCGGCCACCAAAGUGUUUCAGGCCAUCAGGAUCUUCGUGAACAACGAGUUGAAUGAAUUGAAUUACGGUUUGCAACGAAUCCGGCAUUACUUGAAGCCCAUGAAGAAUACGGAUCUGUCGGACAGAAACGAAUCGAUCGAUAAUUACGAUGAGAUCGACGGCGGAGUCAUUGCUGUCCUCUCUUUCCACUCACUUGAGGACCGAAUCGUUAAAAAGCAUUUCAUCGGAACUGAAUUAAACACAUCUUUGGAAUCAAAACAUUUCAGUUCUCUUGAGAUUCCCGAUGAAAAUGAAUUGUCAAAAGUGUUGAACAAAAGCUGGAAACCUAUUAAUAAACGCGUUAUUCUGGCCGAUGAAGAGGAAGUGCUGUCAAACCCCAGAAGCAGAUCCGCUAAAUUGCGUUUAGCUGUAAGAGUCUUGUAA